CAGCGGCUGAUUUCGUUAUAGAGAUAACAAUGCCGCAGCUUUUAUAAACAUCUUCAUGCUUAUAAUGAACAUUAAAUUCAUAGUCAGUAAUUUAUCGAUCGCAAUUUCGCACAUAUUAGUUCUCAUUGCCCACAACGAAGUGUUCCAUGUUCGUCUAAGAAAAGUAUUUGAAACUACAGAGGUUACAAUGUGUCUUUUAUGUGAGUGAUAGGAAGAAUCAUGGUUACAGGUAUGUCCACGUAAACGAACUGUACCGUAUACUACGACAAAUCAUUCACAAUUGUACCCAGUUUUGAUCCAACAGUUAUUAUGUCUACAAAGUGCAUUUUGGGCGAAGAGAAAUUGAAAAAUGCUGAAAAGACGCCUCAAUAUAUUGCUGCUUUAUCAGUCUGUCUAGGAGCUUUAUGUUCCGGAACCGUCCUGGGAUGGACUGGAAAUACAACAGAUGAUCUUGAGAACGGAAAAUUCAAUAAUAUCGCAAUAGACGAUGAAAGCUUAGGAUGGAUAGGAUCGUUGGCGAACAUAGGAGCAGCUCUAUCUUGCAUAGCGAUAGGACCUCUGUGCGAAUACAUGGGAAGAAAAUAUGGGAUGCUCCUGUUGGUUGUUCCAUUCACAGUAGGCUGGCUUCUAGUAAUAUUUGCCCAGAAUGUUAUCAUGAUGUACGUCGGCAGAAUAUUGGGUGGUUUUGCAGGAGGCUGCUUCAGUCUAUCGGCACCGCAAUACGUAUCGGAAACAUCACAAAAAGAAAUUCGAGGCACUCUUUCGACAUUUUCAGAGCUCUUAUUGACCGUAGGGGUUUUAAUAGCUUACGUCUUGGGUUACGUACUAAGUGCUAAAACAACUGCUAUUAUUUUAACAGCAUUACCCAUAGUAUUUGCUAUUGUGUUCAUGACGCAACCGGAAACACCGUAUUAUUUACUAAAACGUAAUUACGAGGGUGAGGCAUUGAGGAGUUUGCAAAGGUUAAGAGGACGAUUUUAUGAUGCAUCGGAUGAACUCAAACAGAUCAGAUGCGAUAUUGAAGAAGACAGAGCUAACGAACUGCCUGUUCUUCAGUCGUUUAAGAAAAGAGAAACCAAGAUUGCAACUUUAGUUUCCUUAGGCGUUAUGUUCUUCCAGCAAGCUUGCGGUAUCAAUGCCGUGGUGUUUUAUGGAUCCACCAUUUUCGCCGCCACUGGUAUCGAUGCGUCAAUACUAGAUCCAGAAAUAUCGACCAUUGUUAUAGGAGCAGCACCAGUCCUCGCAAACUGUGUAUCGGCGGUAUUAAUAGAGCGUUUAGGUAGACGUACGCUCUUGAUCAUAUCCGGUCUUUUUAUGGCAAUACCGGAAGUUAUAUUCGCUCUCUUUUUCACAUUUCAAGAUAAGAACAUUAUAUCUUCCGACAUCGUCAGUAAACUAGUAUUUCUUCCGAUACUUUGUUUGUGCGCAUUCGUAAUUUCUAGUGAACUAGGAUAUGGACCGGUGGCUUGGAUAAUUUCAGUAGAAAUGUUUCCUGCAGAAGUGAAAAGCGUUCUAAUAGCCGGAACUGGUGCUUUCAAUUGGUUUAUAUCGUUUUUGAUAACAAAAUUUUACUUAAACAUGCAAAACAGUGUAGGUGUUGACGUUACUUUUUAUAUUUUCGCGGGCAUGUCCUUUGCCGGAGCAGUUUUUCCAUUUUUCUUUGUACCGGAAACAAAAGGGAAGUCGUUGGUGGAAAUCCAAAGGGAGUUAAGAGGGAAAUAGCAUAAAUGCCUUUCUAUAUAGCUCAGUCAAGGAAGCAGGAUGACUUCAAGUUUUCUUUGGUAAAAUAGUAAAAAAAAAAAAAAAAUACGUUGAUUCUGAAUU